CGCGCGCCUGGGGGGGCUGGAGCCGGCGCGUUCUGCUCUCGGAACUGGAGCCACAUGGGCAAGUCUUCGUGUUCAUACAAGGCCCUUUUGAGAUUUYGGCAAAUACUCGUUCCCAUGUCUAAAGAUGUCCUUAGUGGACUUAGGGAAGAGGUUGCUAGAAGCAGCUCGCAAAGGCCAAGAUGACGAAGUGCGAACGCUGAUGGCCAACGGCGCCCCUUUCACCACCGACUGGCUUGGGACGUCGCCUCUCCACCUCGCUGCCCAGUACGGCCACUAUUCCACGGCCGAAGUGCUGCUCCGAGCUGGUGUUAGCAGAGAUGCCCGAACCAAAGUGGACAGGACUCCCCUACACAUGGCUGCAGCAGACGGACACACUCRUAUUGUAGAGCUGCUGAUUAGGAACGGGGCUGAUGUAAAUGCUAAGGACAUGCUGAAAAUGACUGCUUUGCACUGGGCAACAGAGCACAACCACCGAGAUGUUGUAGAGUUGCUGAUCAGAUAUGGAGCUGAUGUGCAUGCUUUCAGCAAGUUUGAUAAAUCAGCUUUUGAUAUUGCUUUGGACAAGAACAAUCCAGAGACUCUGGUAAUGCUACAGGAAGCAAUGCAGAACCAGGUGAACACACAUCCAGAGAGAACAAAUCCGAUCACGAACACGGUCACCGUCACGUCACCGUUCAUUCUUGCCUCGGGGGAAGUACUCAAUCUCGCCAGCCUUGUUUCAUCAGCAAGCACCAAAACAAGCUCAGGGGGUUCAGAUGCAGCCACGGUGCCGUUUUCCAACUCGACGACCUCCGUGCUCGCCACGCUCGCGGCCCUCGCUGAAGCAUCAGCGCCUCUUUCCGACUCGAGCGGAGCUGCAGUUAUCAGGGAGGAAAUAGCAGAAGCAACCUCUGUGGACUCUGCCAUACAGCAGGUGGUUGGCGGCGGGCAGCGAGUUAUCACAGUUGUGACAGAUGGAGUCCCCCUGGGCAGCCUGCAGGCAGCCGUGCCCGCCGACAGCCUCGGCCAGCCCUUCAUCGUCACCGUGCAAGACGGACAGCAAGUUUUAACUGUACCUGCUGGUCAGGUUACRGGAGAGGCUGUUAUUGAAGACGGUGAUGAUGCCGAAGAGGAAGAAGACCCACCAGCCAAGAAGCAAAAAGCAGAACAAAAUAUGAAUGACUUGGAGGAAGAGAAGGACAGCGAUGAGAGGGAGGUGCUGCAGCAGCAGCUGCAGGAGGCAAACCGCAAGGCCCAGGAAUACCGGAGCCAGCUCAUGAGGAAGGAGCAGGAGGCAGAGCGGUACCGGCUGAAGCUCGCGGCCAUGGCGAGGCAGCAGCCCUACGAGGCCGAGGUGACACUGUUCCAGGAGGUGGCCGACAUGGACACGGUUGUGGUAACCACGGAAGACCUGGAGGGAUCCACACUAGCUGUGAUGGAAAUGGMUCAGCCGACUGAUAUCGCUGUGGAAACUGUGACCUCCUAAUCCUGGGUUACUGACUUUUUGUAAAGGAAAAAACAUUUUUUAUGCAUAUAUUAUAUAUAUAAAAUCACGAGGUACUGCCAGCAAGCAGUGUGGGGAGCAGAGGGUUGUCAGAUGCACCGUGCUACUGCAGAGUUGCAUAACGGUUCUACCUGCGUGGUCCAGUCCCCAGGGAUCAGAGCUGUGGUGGCUCCCAACACAGCUCUGCCUUUCAGCACAGCGCCCAAAGGUGCUUCUAGAGCUCGACCUUGAGCGGUUGGAAGCUUUGGCAAGUUUUGGCCAGCAAGUGAGCUGCAGGCUAGUUUUGUGAUGGUGAUACCUGCAUUGUUGGCAGUGGAAAAGCAGCACCUCAGAGCCAAAGCAGUCGCUAUUUAGCUCUCAGCUGCCUUGAAAUUACAGCCCUGAUAAGAGGCUCUGUGCGACGACCUGAGGUGUUUGCUCCCUGCUGUGGAGUGACCACAUCUGGACAUUCAGGAAGAGCAGUCUCUUAGGGGAGUUGUUUUGUUUAAARCAGUUGUUUUAAACAAAAACAGUUGUGGGGUGUGGGGGGGCGGAGUUCAACACCUCAGUCAAGCUGGAAAACUAAUUGGACUUGAACAAUUACAUAUAUUUUUGGUGUUUUUAUGCUUUCCUCCAAAGAAUUAGUUCCAAUUGAGGCAACCUUCAAUGCAAGAGUAAAGUCCAGGUUGAGUGCGCAGGAACUUGGGCAUUUUGAGAUAUCAGGGAAUUACACUUGAUCCUCUUGGGACUGUUUUAGGAACAGUUUUGGGCAGCUCCACAACAGACUUCUUAACUACCUGAAGGGAUCACAAAAAAAUCCUCCUUUUUAUGGAGCUUAGUCAAAUGGUGACCCUUUUGUGCUGAACAGUAGCACUCACACACUGAAUACACCUGCAAAACUAAACAUAAGGCCGUUGUCACAAGACGGCUUGGGAGUUUAGUUGUCUUUGGAGAUAAAUAUAUCCCUUUUUUACGAAGCCAUUUUUAAAUMUACUGAAGCCUUUUUUCAGGCAGUUGAUUUUGCUACUAAGAUGUGAUUUUUUUUUCCCCCCCCACUUUACUGGCUUGUUUAAUAAGGGAGAUACCUGAACAGUUUCAUCUUAACAGGCUAGUGGGUUAUGUGCUUCAAGAYGGCGG